CUGAACUGAGAGAUCGGAGGGUCAUCGUAGCCCUUGGAACUUGUCUGGUCGUUAUUACGCUGUGUUCUCUGUCGCCACACUUUUUUUUUUCGGCUCGGGAAUACCUCCAUGAAUGGGCCGCAGAGAUGAAUUCUCUCCGGAAGUGGUUCUACAGACCCCGGAAAGAUGAUCCAUCAUUGAUGGCCCAGUUUUACUAUGCUGAUGACGAGCUUAACAUGGUAGCAGCAGAGUUAGACAGCUUCGAUGGACGUAAAGACCCAGAAAGAUGCACAGCUCUAGUAAAUCAACUGAGGCAGUGUCAGGAUAGGGUUCUGAAUAUAUGUGUAAAGAUGAUGGAUGAGGAGAUUCCCCAUGAACGUGCCAGCAGAGAUUUUAGAGUGAAGUUCCCUGACGAUGUGAUGCAAGAAAACCUCGCAGGACAGCUUUGGUUUGGUGCGGAGUGUUUGGCCGCUGGUAGCAGUAUCAUGAACCGUGAGGCAGAAAGCUCCCGCAUGCGCCCCUUGGCCAAAGCUGUUACGAAAACCAUCGAGACUGUGCGGAAUUUACUUAGGGAACAGUGUCUCAAGCCUGUUCCGGAGUACACGGAAAAGAUCCGCGAGUCUCUGAAGAUUUUUGAUCGAUUAUUUGCGGAAUUUGAACUGAGUUACGUCAGUGCAAUGGUCCCUGUGAAAAGUGUGGAGGAGCAUGAUGUGCAGCAGAAUGUCGUGGUCCUGUUUUCCGAAACAGUGCAACGGGCUUUGAGACUUGGUUUGACCACUCAAGAUCAGAUUGACGACUAUGACCCUGCGCUGAUGUUCACAAUUCCUCGUUUGGCAAUUGUAGCUGGUUUGGUCAUGUUUCCUGAUGGUCCCUUGAACUUGGACAGAGAACCAAGGAAUCUCUCGGAGCUCUUUCGACCAUUCAGGACUCUUCUAAGUAAGAUAAGAGAACUUCUGUGGACUAUGAGUCCUAGUGAGUUGGCAGCACUGGAAAAAUCUCUCUGUUCUAUGGAAGAACCUGAUCAGUCUUCCUCACAAAUGGCAACAGAUGAAAGUUUACCAGAUAGUGCUUAUGGUCAUGCAGCUUUUACCACCGACUUUGUUAAGAAAUUUUAUGCUAGUUACCCUUCUUGCAAGUAUCUCACACCUGAGUUGAGUUCUUUGUACAUGCCGGGGAAAAAGACGGAACGUUUUGAAAGGAAGCGUGAGCGGACUUCAGGAAAAAGUAGUAGUUCCCGAUCUAGAGCCAAGCAGGAAAGGCAGAGUGAAAAGUACCUUGCCCGACUGAAUGCCACCACAGAGGAAAGACCAAGAGCGAAGCGUAGAUCCCGUCGCAGUCAUCAUCGACAUCAUCACAACCCUCCGCCACCUUCUUCACCCGGUAGUGACAGUGCCGGAGAAGAAUGCCGUCAACGUUUUCACGCUAGAACUUCCUCCUCGUCACAGCGUGAUUACCAACACGUUCCUCAGCCUUGCCCGCCAACGUACGACUACCACCCCAAUAGCCGUGUAGGACCUCAUGAGCUGUGUAACCCACACAAUCAUCGCCACUCCCGUCAGCCCCGUCAUUCUUGCCAUCAACCUGUGACUAGAAUUAAGACAAUAGCUUGUAGUUGUGGGGCAGUGGGUGAAUACGACAGAGAGUUUUCUGAUGAAUCUCAGGAUGUUUCCCAUCAAUCUCAUGUCCCUUUCCAAAAUUCUCAGGCUUCGUAUCGCGAUCAUUCUUCGCCAUGUCAAAUAGAAGUUGCUCAUCCACACUGUAACACUGCCUCAACUAAUUGUGAUAGUGCAUGUGAUACCACUUUUGUAAAUAUGCAAACGGACAGCAGAUGUGGAGGAGAAAGUUCAUCUCAUUUUAGUGGGCAUGGGAGUGAAUCGGUGGAACAAAGCACGUCAGCCUGUAACGAAAAAGAGACUUCUGAAACGUUGGGUAACGAGGCCGAGGACCUGGUGAACGCAACAGCAAGUGUUAACUUGAAGGAGAAUGUUCCCUCUGGAUCACAUGUGUGCCAAGCCUGUGGUACACAUGAGUCCUGCUUCUGUGAUAUUCAAACUAAUGUAGAGAAUCAUGGAGAAGGUGCUGCACUGGAGAGUGCAACAGCUGUAGAGCAACCUCAUUUGGAACCAAAGGAAAGUCAUUUGGAUACCAGUGAACAGUGUGCAAGUUUGGAGAGUGAUAACAUGUGUGCUCAAGAGAUGAAUAUCUGUGAUGUUCAUGACCAACCUAAUAACACAUCAAGUAGUGUGGUUGGGCCUGCUAGUCCCGAGAACAGAUGCUCAAGCAGCUCAACUUCACCGUAUAAUUCCGGUGCCGACGAUGACGAGGAGGUGGCUUUGGCAUUACAAGCUGCAGAGGUGGCAGCAACUUGGCGAGCUAGGGCAAGAUUUUCAGACUCUCAAGACCUGAUCCAUCGCCUCUUUGUUUGUAUAUCUGGUGUCGCUGAUCAGCUCCAAACCAACUAUGCCAGCGAUUUGCGCAAAAUCCUCAAGUGUGUGUUUUUGAUCAAUCAGAGCCCCCCGGAAGAGCCACCCAAGAGUGAAAUUAAUGAAGAGCCUGAGUGGUCUGCCACAUCACCUAUACAUUCCUACGGGGACAAUGACAACACUGACAAUUACAGUGGUGGGAAUGAUUCUGAGCGUCUGAGUGUCGAAAGUGCUGAAGAUGCUUUAGUGGUCAUAGGUAGUCCCGAACAUCGUCACAGUGGAGUAAGUGACCAUCAACAAAAUGAGAUCCAUCUGAAUGACUCCCUUCACUCCUCUCCUCACUCCUCUCCACCUUCUUCGCCCUCUGGUGAUCCUCCCGCUCUGUCUCCUUACUCUUCUCUCUCACUGAAUCCCUUAAACACUGCCUCGACAAACUCCUCCUCGGGGGUGGUUCUAACGCCUUCCGUCAUGCAUUCGUCUCAUACUUCGCCUACUGAGAUUCCUGUUCCUCCCCCAGCCAACACAAACUCACCAUCUCCGCCAGCUUGUCCUCCGUCCAUACAAGUCCCAGCAGCUAUCUUCAAUGACCAUGCACUGAUGCAAUUCACUGAAGUAACGCAAGCAUCAAUUCCUCCAAAUGUUGAUCUUUUGUCACCACCGCACAUUCAAUACUCGGAAUCCUUUGGUGUUAUCCCCGAACCAUAUCCAAGGUCAUCUCAAGAUCAGUUUAGUCCACGAGAUGGCGUAGAACUUUCUCCUUCCAGUAGUCCCUUGGAUCGUGGUAGUGAUUCAAGUAGACGCCGACCUAGAGUACAAGAACCACCUGCAUGGAUACCGGAUCAGGAUGCGCCAAGAUGCAUGUCCUGUGGAGCUUCUUUCACCAUGGUGCGCAGGCGUCACCACUGUCGCAACUGUGGCAAGGUAUUUUGUGCUCAUUGUAGCCAGCAUGCUGUUCCUUUGCCACAUUUUGGAAUUUGGAAGGCGGUUCGAGUAUGUAAUGUUUGCUUCCUGUACUAUGUAACCUUCACCACGGAGACCUCUACUCCUUCAUCUUGACCGCUUCAUUUACACCAGUUGACCAGUCCUGAAUCAGGAACAGGUUAGGAAAUCGAGUUCUGGCAAACAAAUGUCGAUGUAAAACACAAUGGUCAGUGACCUUGGAGAUGUAAAACACUUGAGUCAGUGACUUGGGAAAGAUGAUGUGUUUAUUCAGGUAUUUUAUGAAGCUACUGAAUGACCUUGUAGGUUUCUGUGCUUGGUCUCUUCCUAAAUUUGCCUACCAUGUUUUGUUGCUUAUGUAUGAAGCUUUCAUGCAUGGUGAACCAUAAUCUUAUGGCAGUGUCAUUAUGCUGUUUCCACAUUUUUGUCACACAGUAGUGAAAACUCAUGGAUAUGCCUUACUUGUUUUCCAAAUUUUGCCAGUGGUGUCUUGAAUACUUGUAUUAACAGAUGAUUUUUAUGCACAAUUUCCAAAAUUCUCUUCGUUGUAAAACCACUACAAUUUGGGUACUGUGUAUCCCUCUUAGUAUUUAGGCUUAUGAGUAAAGGAAAGUUGUAAGUUGUAGAACUUUACUAGUGAAUACUCGAUUAAUAUAAUUUGUCAUUUAGCGGCAAAAUAGUCUUAGUUUCUCAAUUCAUUUAAGAAAGCCAUAGCGUAGAAGUUUUGACUUAGAAAAGAAAUUCAAAAGUGUACUUCGUCAAAGAAAACAUUCUCUCAUUAUUAGGAUUUUAUUAUUUGUUAAUCAUAUUUUGUAUUUUGUCCCCAGUGAGGGGCUUUGUGCUAGUCAUACAUAGAAAAUGUGAAUAGCUGGAUAGAUAAGAGGUUCGGUUCUGACAUUGUACUGUAGUACUGUAUUUUUGUUUGUAUGAAAAUGUAGUGGGUUCUUCAAUGUAGAAUGUAAAGAAAGACUUGCAGAGAGUUGAGCUAGUCUUGACCAAACUAAAGUCUGUUAUGACCAGUAGUGCCUCAUCAAGUUUCCCUUUCCGUAAGAACAGUUAUAGUGACAUUGUCUCAUUGGUGCCUUCUUCCAAGGAAAUUUUUUGCAUAAUACAACUGAAUUAAGUUUUUAUGUAAAGAACACUAAAGUGAGGUAUAGAGCCUUUUAAGUUACAAGGAAGAUGACGUUCAAGUAGAUAUUGUUCACAAAUAGUGUUUGUGAAUGCACUUGCAAGAAAGCAGUUGCUGGGCACAACUGUUUUUUUCUGGAAAAUAGAAGUCAUUUGUUGCGAUUCUUCCUCAACUCCCUUUAUUAAUUCUUUUACAGGGCAUUUUAUAUUCUUUCUAACUACUGCUGUUCUGGUUACUAAGCAGUUUUUAUUCCUAUGUCACAUUUCAUUAUUAAUUACAUAUAUCUGGUAAUAAGUUUUUAUCUCUCUUUGUAUUCAUUAUUUUGUAUUCCUUUUUUGAAACUUACCUAUUAUAGAUAACCUAAUGAUCAUGAUGCUAAUUUGAUGGUUAGACUUAAAUGUUGAUUAUUUAGAAUAUGGGGAAAUGAAAUGUUGAUGUAUUUAAAUUUCCAAAGAUGUUAAUUCAAUUUGAGGGAUCAGCAUUGGAAGCUGCUGCAGUUUUUGCCAUUGGUCGGCACAGGUUGCUCGUUACGGUAGCGUGUUUAUGAUCAUUUUACCUCGACUGGUUAAGUUAAUCAUUUAUACUCUAUUUUUUUAACCUUAGACGUAGUAUAACUGCAUCAUCCAUCUCUUCAAAACCACUGUAGAUAUGAGAAAGCCCUUUGCUCUGGUUAAACGCACGAGUUCUUAUUCUGCAUCAAAAUUAAAGUAAUGAAAGAUGUUCUUGCUUUGGUCGAGACCCACAGUUUACAGCGUUGUAAAGCUUUUAUGGUUUGUGGAAGCCAGAGGUUGCAGGAAAGACAGUUUUUUGGCACAAUUCUAUUUUUCUUAGUUUCAGAACACUGUACUUGGGUAUCACCUAAAGUUACUUGUGAAAUAAAAAUGCUGUACAACUUGCAAGCAGAAGCUGCAGCAUAAUUUUAUUAUGUCAGUGUAUCAGUUUAGUUUGUAAGAUGAUCAUAAUCUCCCUUUUCAAAUGGGAAUGUUUUGGUGCGCUACCUCUGUCAUCUGCUAAUUUUAAGAUUUCCAAGUCUGGGUUAUUUGUAUCUGAAGUUUGUGAAGUUUUUUAAGUCUUAGAAACUCACUCACUCUCUAAUAAGGAAAAUUUUCAUAAUUUAAAAGAAUCACAAUCCAUUGGUAGUUUGUGAGUACAUACUGUUCAUUGAUGCCAUUAUACUGGUCAGAAGCAGUAGAAUAGAAUGAGUCACCUUGCUAGGUAUAGCUAGGAAAUUGAAUUUAAUGGUGGGCAAGACAUUUUGAGCAGGAACAACCUCAUCCGCCACAUAUCAUUAUGAAAACUUGAGGCCACAGCAGAUGGGAGGGAACAGUAGUGCUUUCCAUCCAAACUUUGGAAUUUCAUUUUGAUUAUAUAUUAUUUACCUUCUAAUAUCCUUUUGCGCUAUUUGUUUUUGCCUGAUGCUACCCCUGUUUUGGAAAUUGUGUUAAUUGCUUUUAAAUAAUUUUUUCUUUACUAAAAAUUCUAAAUGGAUUGACCUCACCUUACCUGGAGUCAUUGGUUUUUAAAUGUAAAAUAAAUUAUUCUUUUACUUUUUUGUGUUUGUGUGUAUGCAUUUAAUCUUCAUUACAUGCAUAUGCAUUUACUAUUUCCUUGAUUGCUUUCCGUCGUGGGUGAUACUUGAUGUACGCUGUCUCAAGUAAAGGUUUAUAAUUUUCUCACUUUCUUUUUCCCCCUAUGCUCUUAUGCUUCCUCCUGGAAUUUAAACACGUUGAGUAACGUAACUGCAUGCGCUGGUUUUCUUCUGAGUUCUGUUUCACUGACAAGUUAUUUUAUCCAUGCUAAGUUGAUUUAUUAGGCUUUUGGCUCAGAUGGUGUUUCCUUUAUGAAUCCUUUCUUUUAUGGAUCUGUUUAGGGUUAAGGAAGGUUAAGCCUAUGUUGACCUUGUGCAGAUGUAUAGGUUUGGACAGAUAAUAGUAAUUGAGUGAAAAUCUUUGACAUUCACCAGAGGUUGCCAUCUGCUGUCGGUAAUAAAUAGCCUCAGCCUAGGUUACAAUAGGGAAUAUCUUAAUUAUUAUUAUAAAUAAACAGUUUAACUACACUAAUGAGCUAACAUUCUUGGCUCAUAAAGGUUUUAUAUAGAAUUUGUUCUUAAUAAUUGUACAGGAUCUUAAUGUAUUGGGUUUGAACUAGGGCAAAGUGACAACAAAGGAUGGACAGUGGUUGCUUUGCCCAAGGAUGGAAGAUACGGUCACCCUAUCUUUGAAUAGAUUAGUUUAAGUAGACGGCUGAAUCACAUUUGUAAACUUGUAGGACCCUGUCAGUGUUUUUGUUCUUUAGAAAGUGAGUAUUAACGCAAGUUAAAUUCAAUUACAAAGCUAUAGGUUGGAAUGAGCCAAAGGGAACAGAUGAAGAUUGAAAGGCAAGAGGGCAUUGCAGUUUGGGUUGACAGGAUGUUGCAAAAAACCUUUAGUACCAGGUGCAGUGGGCCACAAACAAAUGGAAGUAGUCAUCUUUAUGAUGCAAGGGAGAGCUAAUCAAUCUCUGUGAGGGUCAAGAAUACUGUUUUGUGAAUUUAAAUUCUUCCCAUCAGAUUGAGCUUUUCACGUAGAUAUUUAAACUGGAAAGUUUGGGAUUUUAUUUUUCAAGUGCCUUUUGCAACUGCCAUAAGUAAGAAGCUCCAGGAUACUAUCCUUUUUGCGACCAAACAGCAUGGAAGGCAUAGUAGUAUAGCAUGCAACUUCCCACUUUUUAAUAGUUUUGAGUGUCGUGAUUAAUAAGAUGUCACAGAGAAUAAAUUAGCAUUGUGUUGGAAGUUGACGAUCACCCAUACCAGGCUAAUGUCUUGCCCAUGGGAAACUGCGAAUUUUGCUCAUUAAGAUAAAUCGGUCAACUUCUUGUUAUUGCUGUAGACCAAGUGUAAUGGUAACUUUUCUUCUUGUCUUUGACCAGGUGUUUUGGCAUUAAUUGAAGUUGUAGUGUUUAUACAUGAAGCAAAACAUGUUUGUGAAUUUAUUGUACAAUACAUUUCAGUAUCCAUAAAAUCAGCAACUGUCAGUUUAUUCACAUGUAUUUCUGCAGUUGAACGAAGUGCAAUAUAUUUUUGUUAGCUUAUUGAUUAAAGCUGCCUCCAUAAAGGAUUAUAAAUUUUAUGGAAUUAGAAUUGAGACAAAAUCGCUGCAUCUUUGUUUUGAAUCAAGAGAUCUUUGGUAACCAUCUAUAUUUCAUUUCAUGAUUACGUACUUAUGGUAAAAAAUGUUGAGUGGGUAAAAUUGAACAACUUUUGAUGUGCUUGUACAAAAGUACAAGCUGUUCAUUUUAACAUCUUAAUGUUUCAGUAUCUUGUAGGGUAGACAACCAUUUAUUUAUUGAAAAGACAACAUUCGCAGUUGCAUGUCAAAGGUGGACUGUUUCCUCGCAAACUAAAUUAAAUUUGUUUUAAGAGAAUUGCUAACUACCUUUGGCUGUGGUCACUUGUUUUAUGUUUUCAGCUUUCAUUCUCAUUCCAUAUAUGAUUUUAGUGUCAUCCAGCUAUACAGUUUUCUGCAUAAUAAUUGCCAUUGUCAAGAAAGAGGAAAUAUAACAGUUUUGUGAAAUGAAGAUCUUAGAAGAUUGCUAGCAUCCAGAUGGGAGAACAUUUUUAAUAUUGGAUAAAAUAGAUGAAGCAUGUGGUUAACGAGGUCUUUCUCUGAGGUUCAAUUGAUAUAGAUUAAGGUAAGUGCAUAGGGAUGCUGAUGGUGGUUUGCUCUCUCUAGAAGGACCUCGCUGUCUUUUGAUAUUCAAUAAUUUUUUUUAUGGGUGGCCUGCCUUGCUUGAUACUGAAGCACAAGUCUAAUUUUAAUUGCUUUCCAUUUUACAGUAAAGAAUUAUAUUUUACCAAUUUUUUAAAAGUAUAUAGGAUAGAGAUAUUUUGUUAAUCAUUUAAUUGGAAAUGUGAAUUUGGAAGGUUAGAAGUCCUAAGUCAGAAAAUAGGCAGAGAAUAUUCUGCCUCCUUAUCAGUGCUACAUGAGUUUGAGAGUUUUUCAAAUUACUCUGUUGUCAGUAUGUCUACUGAAUCCAUUUCUGGAAGUAAGAUAACUGGAGAACCAUUAUACCCAAGCACUAAAAUAUUCUACAUUAUAUUACUACUAUGUGUAGAUCAGGAAACUGAAAUGCACAAAUUUCUACAUUACAAUUAGAAAGUGAGUCAGAAACAAAAACUGAAUUUUGUUAUUAAACCAUUGAUAUUUAAUUCGUAAAACCACUUGCCGGCAAAUCAGGUCCACAUAUUUUUUUUUUUAUUACAUAUACCAACAAACUUUCUUUUCUAAUAAUUUUUUAAUUGAUUAUAUCAUGGAAAUUAAAUCUUCCCAGACAGACAGAGGCUUCGACCCUGUUUAUUUUGCGCACAAUACAUUUAGAUUUGCACGUGUUCAUUUCAGUGCAACUAAUAAGAGAACUGCAGAACAUGAAGUAAUGGUAGGGGAGAGUGGCCACCUCCCAGGAGCCUGUAGGCUUUUUUUUUUUAUCUUCACCAGACAAUGCUUCUAUGGUGGGGAAUUGAUGUUUGGUCACCUUUGUGUCUGAGCAAUAAUUUUUCACUUGAAUGUUUCUUCUUUAUUUUUAAGCCUUUUAAGUAAGGUCUGCAUCACAAGGUUACAUAAUGAUUGUUAAAUGGAAUUGUUAGAUUUGUGAAAGUUCUGCUUUUAUGUAAAAUUAAGAUUUUGGUUGUUUCCAAGUGUUCACUUUAGAGCUGAAGUACCCUCACUCUUAGAUUUUGCCAUGAAAGUUUGUCAUCUUUGUGAUUCGCAAGCAGGUCAGCUUGCUGUCACCUCUGUAAUGUGGAAAUCCAAAGGCCAACCUUUAGGAGGAACCUGUAUAUCCAAAAGGGCUGAAGUCAGUUUACUCUGAACACAUUCUGUCAAAAUAUUAGGAUCUCUCUAUUUUUUUCAGUAUGGGUGUUGAUUACUUAACAUGGAAAUUUGUUUCUGUAAGUGUCCAGAUUAGGUUGAAUUCUGACAAAACAGCAUUGCCAUUAUGAUGGGAAAUGACUACAAUGCCACCAGAUGUCUGCCCCCUUACGCCUUGUUUUUAAUGUGGUCUUCAUAUGUUUGCAAAUUUUUUUUUCUUCCAAUGCAAUCAUAUUUGGUGUUGAAACAGAUUUCGGUAUUCAGUCACUCGCAAGUUAUGUUUGUACAGCUAGUCUUGUAGAGCAACUGGCUUCCUGAAGAGCACAAGUGGAAGAUACAAAGCUGAUUGUGAGUUGUGUAUAAUUUGUUUUCUUAACAGCUUUGUAUGGGUGAUUUUUUUUCUAGGCUGUAUAACCUUUGUAAAUGCAUUUUCUUUUUAAGAGUUUUUUUUCCUAUAAAAAAAAUAUUUUUCACAUACUGCAGCGUAGUAUGCUUCCUUUGUGGUCAGUCUUUGCAUGUUUUUGAAUUGUAUCUUAUACAUUAUUUCUUACAUACACAUUAUAAAGUUUUGCCAUAAGUUUUUAUUAAUACUGUAAUAUAAAAUCAAAGAGAAUUGUUUCAUAUGUAAUAAUUAUUCUUGUGCGCACUUAAGUUUGCUUUGUAAAGAGAUUGGAUGCAGUCUUUUUGUAUUACCCUUACUUAGCAAUAAGUUUUAAAGCUGUGAUUUUUCAUAUGUUAAGUUUGUAUAGGUGUGUAUCUAUUUUUGAAGAUGUUCUUUCACUUUUUCAACAUUCCAGUCUUGCUUUUGCAAUGUUCAUGGGAUAUCAUUCAUUUCUUAGUUACGGUAUAAUUUAUGAUAAGUUUGAACCCUUGAACUGUAGGUCUUUGGUACAGGAUAUUCAUUAGCCUCUAGGUCGGUGAAGGGGAGAGCAAUGAGAUUCAUUUGUUAAUUUAGAGCUUAAUUUAAAAAAAAAUAGUAUUAUGAAUUUGAACAUCAGUGUGCUAUUGUUAUUGUAUUUUAAAGUAAAUUGGGGAAUAAUCAAAUUGAGAAAUUUGACUGGCAUGGCAAAGUAUUAAAGGGAAUGAAUGGAAGUCAUAAUAAAAGAGUCAGAAAGCAAUUCAUCCUUGAGAUGAGUAAGUGAAGCUCCAUUCGGCACUGCCAUCAAAAUUCAAACACCAGGCCUGGAAGAAGAAGGAAAUAUUAGAGUUUUUUCUCUUGUGUUAGCAGAAAUUAGUGAUCAGAAAAAUAAUUUGGGCAAGCAACUUAAAAAUGAUGGGUCGGGCCAGGUCAAGUUUGUUCACCUGAGGUUACCAGUUACCCAACUUGAAGUUGGGUAAAUAGGACCUUGAAGUGAUGGUUACCAGUCACUUCUAAAUUUAGUUUCAAGGCACAUACAUAGAUGCAAUUGCACCCUACUUCCCUACUGGAGGCUCAUGGGUCAGGUGAUCAUUUUGUUGUUUUUAUGACAAAAUUUAAGUUAACCAUGUUGAGAUUUGACAUUUUUCUUAUUUGAAAUUUAUUAUUUCGUUCUUUUCAAUUUUUUUUUUCGCAUACAGUGUUGUAGAUCUUGUUUUGGAAUAGAGACAGUCUAAAGUUCUAAACUAUAUGUUCAUUGGUUAUUCUCUCUUUUCUACUCCUAUUGGCUAGAUGGUUAUGUAUUUUAGCCAAUUGGAAUGUAUUACAGCUUGUAUUUUGUUUCUGUUGAUAUAUUUUUGAGAUUUAAUGCAAAUUACUGUAUAUGAUAUUCAUUGUGUUAUGAGUUCUCCCAUUGUCUCUUGGCUUUGUAGAGUAAUAUGAAAAUUUCAGAAGGUAAGCUUGAGUUCCUUGUAUGCAUCUGUUGUUGCUCACGUUUUGGUGGGUGGAUGUGACUGUUACAACUCUGAAGUACAUUUUUAUCAUUAAUUUAGGGAACGCCACAUGCAUAUUGCUGUAUCAUCCUAAAUUAGCCACCUUAUAUUCAAACAGGUCUUAUUUUAGAAUAAUCUUUUAUUAUUCAGCUCAGUGAGGAAAUGCAGUUCACUUUUUUACCACUUGCGUGUUAACAACUAAAAUAUUUGUCUCAAAAUAUUGCAUAAACAAAUCUGGUUUUGUUGAAAUGGAAGUAGACAUUAGCAAUAUUUUCUUUUUUAAUUAUUUGGAGGAGACAUGAUGUAACGCUUACAUCAUUCUGUAAUUUUUAUUAUCUACUUGGAAUUACUACUUAGUUCCCUGUGUCCAUCCACCAUGAAAUACUGAAAUUUUCAGUUUUAUAUUACAUAAUAAUGGCAAAGCUAUUAUCUAAUCAAAGUUAUUGGGAUGGGUGCACUUACCGAGUUAACACGAGAUAAAAAUAUAGAGUUGUAGCAUAUUAAGGGACGAGAAAGUUCAAGGUUAAAGUUGUCUUCCUUUGUUUGAUAUUUUAUACACGUAUAUAUCUAUAUAUAUAUAUCUAUGGUAUCUUUUCAGUUACCUGUAGGUAUGCUGUGCGCAUUUUGAAAAAUUGAGCAUCAUGCGGUUCACAUGGAAUUUAGCUUCGAUUAUUUUUAAAGGAGUUUUGAAGUUUCUAAAGAUAAAAUUUUUUUUUUCCUGUAUUUUGUUACUUUACUGUUCAUCAAUAUAUGAAAUGUUAUAUAUAGUAAAUAUAUAAUUUAUGCUGGAGUGCCCCAGAAAUCUAUGCAAAAAUAUAUAAAAUACUUAUAAUAAAAUUGUAUGAAAC